CCAAAAAGUACACAAUAGAAUUAAUUAGAAAUGUCAAGAUUGCCCAAAAAAGGAUUACCUAGAUUUGAUCAAAUUCAAGAUGAAGAAACGUACCUGGAAAAUUUGACAGUACAGAGAAAUGCUUCUGCUUUUUUUGAAAAAUAUGAUCGGAGUGAAGUACAAGAGUUGCUAACUACUGUACUAGUUAGCUGGUUGUCUGUCAAAGACGACGUCCACUCUCAGUUUGACGUGCCAUGUGGAAUUAUGAAUCAAAUGAAUAAUGUGGGCUUCUCCACUGCAAUCCUGCUGACUCCUGUGGACCCAACUGCCCUCUUAGACUAUAGAGAAGUCCAUCAGAUCAUCAGGGAGUUGGCUGUUGGAAUUUAUUGCUUAAAUCAAAUUCCUUCCAUCAGUUUAGAAGCUAAUUAUGAUCAGAGUUCUUCUUGUCAAUUACCUCCAGCUUAUUAUGAUACCAGAAUUGGGCAAAUUCUGAUCAAUAUUGACUACAUGCUGAAAGCACUAUGGCAUGGAAUAUAUAUGCCCAAAGAAAAACGAGCCAGAUUCUCUGAAUUGUGGCGUACCAUCAUGGACAUUGAUCCAGAUGGGAAGCCUCAAACAAAUAAAGAUAUUUUUGCAGAGUUUAGUUCAGCAGGUUUGAUUGAUAUUACAAAGGAUCCAGACUUUAAUGGAAUUUAUGAUGAAGACAUGAAUGAAGAUCCAACAUAUAAUCCUAAUAGCCCUGAAGAAAAAGCUGUGUUUAUGAAAUAUGCUGAAAAUAUUUUGCUAAAGUUGACGUUCAGUACCACACAAGUUCAACAGUAUGAAAAUGUUUUUAUAUUUGAAACAGCCUAUUGGCUUACUAAUGCUAUAAAAUAUAAUCAGGAUUAUCUUGAUAUUUGUACCUACCAGAGACUACAGCAAAGAUUAUAUCUUCACAAAAAGGUUAUUCAAAAACAUUUUGAGAAGAAAAAAGAAAUCAGAAGAGGGAUAGGAUACUUAAAGUUAAUAUGUUUUCUGAUUCCAUUUCUACUGAGUUUAAAAAAGAAGAUGAAAGUCCCAUAUUUAAGUAGUCUGCUUCAACCUUUUUCAGAUGACAAGGUCAAGACAGAGCGAGAAUUGCCUCCAUUCAUUUACGGACGAGAUUUUAAAUGCCAGAAUUUUCACUAUAAACAGAAUCAGUAUUUUCAUGUUCAUGGAGGAAUUGAAUUUGAUAUCAGCACGCCUUCAAUUGAGAAUGCUCUGGAAGAGUUUAAGAACAAUUUAGAAAAAAUACGGGAUUGUGCUGCUAAUACAUUUGUAGAAGAUUCAGGAUACAAAGAAUAUUACUCAAUACCAGUCAUGGAAUUUAAUGGAAAAAGCUACUAUGUGAUUUGUUUUGAACUGGAAGCUUUCUAUCAGCAACUAUAUAAGACACAGUGGUGGGGAGCCAUAAAUGAAAUAGUCAACAAUCUGAGGCUGAAGAGGCUUCCACUGACAGAUGCUCAAUUACAUGAACAAUAUAAGAAAAAAUUUGGUUUCAAAAAAGCUAUGAAAUGCAAGAGCAUCCCGUUUGGUUUGAAGUCUGCUGUUGAAAGAGGAUUAUCUGCUGUUUUCCACACAUUUAGCCGUAAAACCUCCAGCGCGACAAUCAACGUCUCGGAUGAGGCAGGUUACGCUAAUUUCCAUCACGCCGCUCUACACAACCGAGUUGCGAUUAUAUGCCAACUGUGCAAAGCCAACUUCAACAUCAACCAGAGACGCUUUAUUAUGUAUAGCCAAGAGUCAUCCAAAAUGGACACGAAAAAAGAAAGAAAUGGUCCAACACCUCUACACCUGGCCGCGCAGGCUUGCUCAUUGGAAACAACCAUCUGUCUACUCUGUUUCAAAGCUGAUUACACGCUUUCAGAAAAAAGAGGCUGGAUGCCAAUUCACUUUGCGGCUUUCUAUGACAAUAUCUGCAUCAUCAUUGCUCUCUGUAGGAAGGAUCCUAGUUUACUAGAAGCUGAAGCGACAGCUGAGAAUCAGUGUACUCCACUCUUACUCGCUGCCACUUCAGGAGCACUGGACACUAUCCAGUACCUAUUUUCUCUGGGUGCUAACUGGAGAAAAACAGACAUUAAAGGAAAUAAUAUAAUUCAUUUAUCAGUGCUAACCUUUCACACAGAGGUCCUCAAGCAUAUAAUAGAGUUAAAUAUUCCUGAACUCCCAGUUUGGAAAACUUUGGUUGAAAUGUUGCAGUGCGAAAGCUAUAAACGAAGGAUGAUGGCUGUCAUGUCCUUAGAAGUAAUUUGCUUAGCAAACGAUGGAUACUGGAAAUAUAUUUUGGAUGCUGGCACCAUUCCUGCUUUAAUCAAUCUAUUAAAAGGUUCCGAAAUAGAAUUACAGUGCAAAACAGUUGGGUUAUUGAGUAAUAUCUCAACCCAUGUGAGUGUAGUGCAUGCUGUAGUAGAGGCAGGAGGCAUUCCAGUUCUGAUCAACCUACUGGUUUCUGAUGAACCUGAACUUCACUCUCGCUGUGCUGUCAUUCUAUAUGAUAUUGCUCAACUUGAAAACAAGGAUGUUAUUGCCAAAUAUAAUGGAAUCCCAGCUCUAAUAAAUCUCUUACAGUUAAACAUAGAAAAUGUGCUAGUCAAUGUAAUGAACUGUAUACGAGUAUUAUGUAUGGGAAAUGAAAGCAAUCAAAGAGCAGUGAGAGACCAUAAAGGCAUCCAAUAUCUUAUCACAUUUCUCAGUUCUGAUUCAGAUGUGCUGAAGGCUGUAUCUUCUGCUACAAUUGCUGAGGUUGCACGUGACAAUAAGGAUGUGCAGGAUGCUAUGGCUGCCGAAGGAGCCAUUCCUCCUCUGGUGGCUCUUUUCAAAGGGAAACAACUUAGUGUCCAAAUGAAGGGUGCAAUGGCUGUGGAAUCACUGGCAAGUCGCAACCCUUCUAUCCAGAGAGCAUUUCUGGAAAAAUCAUUAUGUAAAUAUCUUUUAAAACUCCUCAAGGCAUUUCAAAUAGAUGUGAAGGAACAAGGAGCUGUAGCACUUUGGGCCUUGGCAGGACAAACACUGAAACAACAAAAGUAUAUGGCAGAACAGAUUGGAUACAACUUUAUAAUAAAUAUGCUUUUGUCACCAUCAGCUAAAAUGCAGUAUGUUGGGGGUGAAGCAGUCAUAGCUCUAAGUAAGGACAGCAGGAUGCAUCAAAAUCAAAUAUGUGAAGGGAAUGGAAUUGCACCAUUGGUUCGCUUACUAAGGAUGAGUAAGAUAGCUGAAGGCACACUUCUGAGUGUCAUCAGAGCAGUGGGAUCCAUUUGUAUUGGUGUCGCCCAUACAAGCAAUCCCAUCAGUCAACAACUUGUUGUAGAGGAAAAUGCCUUUCCAGUACUUAUUCAACUACUGAGAAAUCACCCUUCUCCUCACAUUAAGGUUGAAGUGGCAUUUUCUCUGGCAUGCAUUGUCCUAAGGAAUGAUCUGUUACAGAAAGAAUUACAAGAAAAUGAAGGCUUUAAGUAUGCUGAUGUCCUUUAUCUUCUUCACUCACAAGAUAAGGAUAUCUGUUUAAGAGCAGGCUAUGCAUUAACCCUUUUUGCCUUCAAUAAUCGCUUUCAACAAUUCUUAAUAUUGGAAAGUGGAAUAAUGACCAUAUCAAUUUUUGAACCUUUUCUUGAAUCAACAAUUGAAACUGAGAAGGCAGUGGCAGCAUUUCAGAUUAUUAUAUUAGCUAAAGUCAUUAUAGAUGUGGACCAUAUUACUUUGUCUGCAAGAGGCGUUACUAUUUUAGUUGACAGUCUGUAUUCAGUUAAUUCUGCUACUAUUGUCUUGACAGGGAAUUUAAUAGCUAGCCUGGCUCAUUCUAGAGCUGGUAUUUCAGAAGCAUUUACUACAUUAGGGACAAUCCAACGGCUCUGCUAUCAUUUGUACUCAGGAAGAGAAGAGGUUCGCACAGCUUGCUCCUGUGCUCUUGGCUACUUAACUUACAAUGCAAAUGCUUUGCGCAUCCUAUUAAAGGAAUGCAGGAAUAAGCCUAAUCAGUUCCUUCGUAUAACAAACAAUAUCAGCAGAGAUGCAAGUAUUAACCCAGCAUUUUUAAAGGAAUUUCAAAUGCAACAAAGAGUGGGACUUCCUUCUUUAAGUCUAGAGAAAAAUGGAGGGCCAUCCAUAACUCCUGUCUUUAAAAAAGGAAAAGAGCACCGAAGAAAAUUAAAACCUAAAAUUCAACCAAGAGAUUCUUUGACUUUAAUACCUCCUGUAACUAACUUCAUGGGGCUCUUCAAAACAACAGAAAAGACCACUGUUUCUCAAAAUAUUUUUUCCUUUUCAUCUGCAAUUUCAUCAGAUUUCAUAAAAGUAUCAAGACCAAGAAUAGUGUUUUUGAGCCAACUUGGGAAACAUGUACAGAAAGCUAAUCCCGAGCCCGCAGAAGGCUAAUAAAAGCAUUUUAGAAUGAAAGGAUUCCUAAGCAAUCUUCUUAAAUUUUUUAUUUUUAAUUGUGAUAAAAUACACAUAACUGAAUAAUCUUUUUGAAUGGAAGUUCUUGAUAUUGAUAGUUAACAUAUUUUCCUUAGCAUGACUACUGGAAUUUAACAUCAGGUCAGAGUUAUGGUUUAAAAAAAUAAGUAGAAUUUUCUGUAAUAGAAUGCCGGCACUUAAAAUUAUUAAAAUAUAGCAACUGAUACGAGGGACAUAAUUAGUAUAUUUAUCAAGUGUUAGAAACAUUUUUAAAUUGGUAGGCUGGGCUAAAGAGGCCUGACUCAAAGUAGCCCAUGCGUUAACACUCACUGUAAUACCUUGAGAUAUUUAAUGAUAAAGACUACAAAUGCAUGAGGCUUCUAAAACCCAAAACGUAUACUUUUAAAACACUGUAUUU